UUGAAUUCAGGAGCAGGGGCAUCGUUUACUUCCGGUGUACACAGAAAGGUUUAAAACGGCUGGUUCUGCAAGAAAAGGUGUUAAUGAUGACAGUCCUGAAUCUGUCCUUUGCUGCGUGUGGUUUCCUGGGGAUCUAUCACUUGGGUGCCAUGGAGGCCUUUCUCCGGCAUGGGCACAAGCUGCUGGGCUCCCUCAGGGCCUGUGCAGGUGCUUCUGCUGGGGCACUGGUGGCUGCUGUAAUGAUCACAGCUCCUGAAAAGUUGGAGCACUGCAAAGAUUUCACCUACAGGUUUGCUGACAGUGUGAGACAGCAGCGGUUUGGGGCCGUCACACCAGGAUACAACUUUAUGUUCACACUCCGGGAGGGGAUAGAAGAGAUUCUCCCCACAGAGGCUCACAGUCUGGCCACUGACCGCCUCUAUGUCUCAAUAACACACUCAGAAAGUGGCACGAACCACAUCGUGUCAACGUUUACCUCCAGGGAGGAGCUCAUAAAGGUUCUGUUAGCCAGCUGCUUUGUCCCAGUCUAUGCUGGACUCAAACCAGUAGAGCUCAGAGGAAAGAAAUGGAUUGAUGGAGGAUUCACUGACAGCCUGCCAAUCCUGCCCGUGGGACGAACCAUCACAGUGUCACCCUUUGCUGGACGGCAGGAUGUGUGUCCAAUCCACAGAGGGCGGUUCAAAACUCAACUCAGAUUGGCCAACAUGAACAUAAUGUUUUCCGUGGAGAACCUCAAACGUCUGAAUCAGGCUCUGUUCCCUCCAUCUGCCGGCACCAUGCAUUCGUUAUGUGAAGAAGGUUUCACGGACGCCGUGAAGUUCUUAAAGAGAGAGGGCUGGAUGAGCUGAGCGCACAUCCCUCAUGGACAAACGUGACACAGAGCAUGUGAAGCCUGGAGUGUCAUUUACCAAGAAUGAAUAAACAUCAUAUUUUCUGUAUUUAUACACAUUUCCUGGGUGAUUUAUUAGCUCACCCAGGAAACAGAUACAUAGUUUGCUAGAAAAGUAACUGCACCGAUGUUUGCAUGCAGUGAUGUUGGAAGUGAUUCAGCCUUUCAGACUAAAUCUAGUCUUGGUGCAUGUUUGGAAAGAACGUAUGUGACAUUGUGGGCUUCACUCAGAUUCCUUUUAUCACACAGGCAUCCUCUCUCUGUGACAGCACCUGAAGAUGGACUUUUAUCAUAGUUUAAUUGCUUUUGACUUGAAGCAGAGCGAAAAAUAUCGGAUAUCCAUUACCCGCUUCACAGAAAAGUUUGUGCCGCCAUCGUGGAUGCUGGUGGCUCCCCCAGGACACGAGGGUGCAUCUUUGAAGUGUUGGAUGUUUGUGCAGGUUUGACUGCUGCUGGGUCAGCGUUUGAUUUCCUUCAGGCGCCGACUUGACGGUGUGCGAGAGCUGCUCUGCCUCUGCACUCAGCCACAUUCUGCAGUGAUGUCCAAGCGGCUGGAAGAGCGAGGCUGAUUUAUCCUAUGUUAUCCACACAGCGAGGCAGCAGUUACACACAUGCACUAGACUGCAGACUGUGGAGGACAGUCUUGGAUCGGGAGUUUUGCUGUUAGACUUAAUAUUCCAGGAACCCUCGGUGGCAUUUCCAUCUUUUAUAUACAGUCUUUUUGGUAAACAACAGUGUGAAGGCUGCGACAGGGCUGUCAGUGCUUUUGAUCACUGAAGUUCUGCUGAUCUUUAAAACCAGAAACUUCAUGUGUUCUGUUUUUUGAGAUUUUAUUUAGUCUCAAACGCUGAUGUCCUUUAAAUGAUGUUUGUUGUAAAAUGAGUGAUUUGAAUGAGUAAACAAAGAAAUGUCAAAUAAUA